CUUUGCAGCAUCUGGGCCUGUUUCACCCGCACGGUUGUUGGGUGCAAGGGCGCUUGAACGCUUUGCAUUGAGCCUUGUUGUACUGCAGCGUUUGCUUUGGAUGGGAUCACGUGCUUCGAAGGCUGUAGUCGAUGAACCUUACUUUGACCGCACGGCUGUGGACCGUCUGUGCAAGGAGGCGUACGCUGCAGGGGCGGGCGAUGCAUCGGCGCAUUACCAGGCGGUGCUCGAGUCGCAGUGGCGCAUGGACACGGCAGUGGGACUGGGCGGAUGUGCCAUAACGCUUCUCCUCUCGUGCAUGUACUUUGGCGCAAGAAUGGCGCAGAGCGACGCGCAGGCAUCACGGCUGGUCGAAGCGGAGCGGUCACACGUGAUGCGGAUGCAACAGGAGAGCGAUGCGCUGCAGACGCAACUGGGGAAACUGGAGAAAGAUAACGCGCGGCUUUGGAGGGUUGUGUGCCGCUCUGCGGCGACGGUGCGACGAAUGUCACGGCGUCAAUCAAGAUUGCUUCACAGCCUAAUGCGGCUGCGGCACCGCAGCGUCUCAUUGGCGAGCGAAGUGGAAAGUUUGAAGAACUUUCUUGCGCAGUUGAAUCAGCGUGUGCUUGUCAUGCAAUGUGGUGGCAGCGUGGCGCUUGGCUGUCUUGCUGCUGUAUGUAUCUCCGCCUUUGUGACGACUUGCGGGGGGAGUGCUGGCAGCGGUGGUGGUGUUACGAAUACCAAUGGCAUCCAUAACAGUGUUGGUGCCAACGGUAGUGCCGGUGCAACGUUGCAGCAACAACCGUCAUGCGAAGACAUGGCGGGUGGCGAGCGACAAUAA